UAAGAGGAGAGAGACUGAGUCUGCUUGUUAGAGAGUCUCAGCUAUCAACCUGUAAGAUCAACCUGAAGUUCCUGUUUUAUGCAGCAUAUAGAACAUUCUAACAAACCUGUCUGAAUAGACGUUCUGGUGAAUUCCUCCACUGGAGAACACAGAUAAUAAGAGUUUCAAACCGGAUUCCAACCAGAAUUCCCAUGUGGGUGGUAGAGAAGAUCAGAGUGUCAGUGGAAAAGACCAACCUACCACUUCCUAUAUCGGAAUACAGCUUCAAAAUCGGAGACGUAAUGUUUGGAGACAAGUCAUCCAUUGACAAAGCCAAGAAAGUCUAUCUAUGUCCCAACAUCAUCACCCCGGACACUAUCCCAGUGUUCUGCAUUCCCCCCAAAAUCUCAACCCCGCUGGAGGGCAAGAGUUCAGAGCAGUUGAGGCCGACUCCAUGUAUCAGGGUCUCUCCGUGCGAGAAGGGCAGUCCGAAACGAGAGGUUGCUGCACGGGAGCUACCCAACAACCAUAUAAUCCAGGUGGAAAGUGUAGAUGAUGGGCCAUACGACAAUGGCUGUAGUGAUGAAGAAAACACCAAUGCUGAUCCACAAAGCCAGGCUGCCCUUUCCCUGCCCCACCUGGCCAAAGCUCAAACCUGUUACGGCUUUUGCACCUUGCUAGAAAGUCCCCACACCAGGAGAAAAGAGUCCCUCUUCCACAAUGACCCUAGUUCCAUUGGACUCCCCUUGGUUCUUCCCCGGAGUAGGUCCGGCACAUAUUCCAGAUCUUUGGUCACAACCCCAGGCUUGCCUCCAUCGCCGUCUCCUUCUAUCUUUAGCCUGAAUACUCUUACCUCUAGACUUUCUCCGAAAAGUUUUGCCCUGCACCGACAGGGAACCCUGGACAGUGACACUACUUCCUCUGCUGAAUCUUCUCCUUUCAGUUCGCCUUUGCUGAACAGAUGCCCACCAAAACCUUCUCUCCUCAAAGCAAUUAGCCAUGACAAACUGCUCUAUCGCAAUCUACGGAAAUCUGCUGUGUCCAGGAACAAUUCCUUAUCAACAGAUGAGGGUAGUUCUACAGACAACAGCCCCAACGUCAUGAGGAGAGCAUCUGAAGGGCUUGCAGAACCUCUCCCAUGUGGUUUGGGCCUGGCACCUCCUGCUAUCUUCCCCAUGGACUUGGUUCUGCACCGGGAGAGGGUGAUGAAGGAGAAUCUGUUUCCUGUAGGCAGGGAUGGAACCUUGCGGCUGUUGGCAGAAUACUGCCCUGAGAACCAGAGACUACGUGUACGGCUAAUUAGUGUGGAAGGCCUGUACGCUUUGUCUGUGGACCCUAAAAGCAUUAACUGCAGUGUUAGCCUGUCUCUCAUGCCCGGAAAAGUCCAGAAACAGCGGAGCACAGUGAUCCGGAAGAGCCGCAAUCCGAUCUUCAAUGAGGACUUUUUCUUUGACGGUAUAUUGGAGGAUGAUCUUUGCCAGAGGUCACUCCGAUUCAAAGUUGUUAACAAGAUGUCCACCAUGAAAAGAGACUAUAUUUUAGGCAACUGUGAUCUUCCUCUUACUAACAUUGUCACCUUUUAAAUCAAUCCAAAUGGUCUUUCUUAAUGUAUUGUGUGUGUGUGCAUGUGUGUAUGUGUGUGUGAGUGAGUGAGUGAGUGAGUGAGUGAGUGCAUGCGUGUAUGUACAGUAUGUUAUAUAUUAUAGAAAGUGCUAUUUAUUUUAAAAUUUGUUUAUCUG